GAUGAGCCAGGGUGACUCAAACUCAGCCGCAAUCGCACAUGCAGCUGAAGAUGUUCAGGGUGAUGACAGAUGGAUGUCACAGCAUAACCGAUUUGUCUUGGACUGCAAGGACAAGGAACCAGAUGUGCUGUUUGUCGGAGACUCCAUGGUGCAGCUGCUACAGCAGUAUGAGAUAUGGCGAAAGCUCUUUUCACCCCUACAUGCGUUGAAUUUUGGGAUUGGAGGGGACACAACGGGGCAUGUUUUGUGGAGGCUGAAGAAUGGUGAACUGGAAAAUAUUAAGCCCAAGGUCAUUGUUCUUUGGGUUGGAACAAAUAACCACGAAAACACAGCAGAGGAAGUAGCAGGUGGAAUAGAAGCCAUUGUGAGGUUGAUCAAUGUGCAGCAGCCCCAGGCCAAGAUUAUUGUACUGGGCUUGUUACCACGUGGCGAGAAGCCGAACCCGCUGCGGCAGAAGAACAGCCAGGUGAACCAGCUCCUGAAGGCCUCGUUGCCCAAACUCGCCAGUGUUCAGCUGCUGGAUGUGGAUGUGGGCUUUGUGCAUUCAGAUGGCACCAUCUCCUGCCAUGACAUGUUUGAUUUUCUGCAUCUAACGGGCGCCGGCUACUCGAAGAUCUGUAAGCCCCUCCACGAACUGAUCAUGCAGCUGCUGGAGGAGACCCCCGAGGAGAAACAGGCGACUCUGGCCUGAGCAGCCAGUCCCGGGCAGGGCUAGUGGCACCCCAGCUCCGUCGGCGCAGCCCUUCACCCUGGCGGCACUACAGAGCCCUCCUCACUCACUCAAAGCACUUUCCGUGGUUGAAUGUUACUGGGUGUUGUGUUUAGCAUUGGAAGGGGGGGGAAGCUGACCUAAUGGCACCUGGCUCUGCCAAGUAAGUCACUUACCUACAGGGUGAAAUUGACCACAGAAGAGUUUUACUUUCCAGUUGUUGCUUGUUUAUGGUGCAAACAUCCUUGUCCUUCCUCCUCACUGCCAGUUCCCCCCCCCCUUGGUGUUUUGCCAGGCAUAUCUCAAUCACCCUUAAGACUCUCUGUCUUUGCCCACUAUUUACACUCACAGUCCACUCUCUGAACCCAAAGCAGCAGUUUGUUUAACAGCUGGAGUGGCUCAGACUUCCUGGGGUUGUUUUUUUCAUUUCAAGUCACACAGUUGCUUUCUGGCUUUGGCAGGAGCAACCACCAAACUAACCCCAGUGAUAACAUACCUUGGACACUUUCAGAUGAGAAGUCUUCAGUGAGUGAGCUCAUUAAAAAAAGUACUCCUAACCCCUUUGGUUUUCUCUGGCUUGUUGGAUGCCAUUUCCCUCUUGUGUGGUGGAGACAGAUGAGGCUGUCCUGUUGAGCAUCCCUGGGAAAGCUGGUCCCCCGUCUGUGCUUUGGUAUCACAUGCCCAGCUUUCGGGGGGAAAAACCCCCAGUAGAUUUGGAGCCCAGCUGGACAACAGUCAUUCCCCCCCACUGUCAUCCACCUCCCCAGCUGUAAAACUGACAUUUCCUCUCGCUGUGAUGUUGUGUGCUGCAGGAUGCUGUGCAGAGCUCCCCGUAUUCGUUGUUUUCACUUUUUAAAAAAAGGAAAAGAAGAAUGGCAAAAUGCAAAUGACUGUUACUUUUCUUCUCGAGAUAACAAGAAUCUGUAGUCCUUUCCCUUCUCACCCGGCCUGAAAGAGGCAGAAGGUUGAUGAGUCCCAAGGUGUAUAUUUCUUUGUUGUGACUGCCUGUCUUGUACAAGCAUUUUAUUCAAGCCAGUGGAGCCUCUGACUGGAGAGGACCAAGUCAUGCCGCCUCCGUUCCUUCUCCCGACCUGACCAUGCUUCUCCUCCAGCAAGGAGACCUGCGGGGGGAGCAGCCGGCUUCUGGGGACCCUGCGAGGCUAUUUAGGAGAGGGAGGCUGGCAAGGGCAUAAAGCCUUAAGUAAUGAUUUUUCUCCACAGGAGAGAGCGUCUUUGAGAUAACUCCUCGAUGGCUGACUUUUACCCAGCCAAGCAGCUGAGUCUUUGCCAGCGAGUCACAGCACAAAUGUGUGCCUCCUCCCCGAAAGGAGGUUUUGUGCUUGUGUCUUCUGUGGCCGUUCUCUUUAUAAAAAGGCUUCCUUCACGUAGAGAGGGUCCCACACAUAAGCGUGUCCUCUGACCUGUGUCCUUGCUUGGUGGCUUCCAAGUAGGUGCCUCCCUAUCGUUUGUCUGCCUGAUCUCCUCUUGCAUUGUGGACUUUCUCCAGCAUAAGCAGGAGAAUCCCAAAAGUGCCCCAGCCAUUCUUGAAAUAGGACUUUUAGAGAAUCUUGGUAUGGAGGGGGCAGAGAUUGCCAAAGCCCUAGAGGGCGGGAUUUUGGGAGGAAGCAGAGGAGUGGAUGUUCAAAAUGGGGCUGGCCAACCGCUGCCGAGGCCUUGGCUUCCUGCUGCUUAUCCAGUGAGAAACGUUGGUGGAAAGGGGGACACGUUACUGACCAAAUGUUCCCUAGAACUUUGUGGCAUUCCUUCCACGUGACCUGACCAGCUGUUUGUGGGCCAAUGUUCCAUUGAUGAAAAGCUGUAAGGUACCCAGAGCUGUCUGCCUCUGGCUGAGAAGCCUGAAAAGGGAGAGCUCAGUCAGCCCCACAGUUCCAGGGUCUUGGCGUAGUGCCUGGCUCUGAGCUGAGCCCGGCUUCGCAGCACUUUGCCAUUUCCCCAGCAUGCUCUCCCGGCUCCUCCAGGGAAGUAGGGCAGCGUCCUCUCUCACCAAGGAGGCCCUCUUGCCCUCAGCAUGACUGGGAGAUGCGGCAGCAGCACCCCCUCUGGCCAUUCACACAAGUGCAUCUCUUGGACUUCUGUUGGCCUCCACCCGUGCCAGCCAUCUGGGUAGCUGCCAGGGGUCCUGAUCCUGGGAUAUGCUGAGAAGCUGUUCUGUCUGCUUCCGCGCUAUCCGCCACUUCGGAAGCUGCUGCCCUCCCCGGCCGCCUGAGCUUUCGCUCAGAUCCUUCCCUUUCCUUAGUCUUGUUGCUGUUUCUGUCGUGUGCCGCAGCCCGGAAUCUUGUUUGUCCUGUGGUGUAGGAGCAUUGCCAAUUUUAUAUUUAUUGCAGCAAAGAAGUGUGAAACAAAGGUUAAAGAUAGUUGUCUUUAUCUUGUAAUGCGUACGUGGCUGUAACUGGGGGCCGACAGAGAGAAAUCGUGCGGGCCAGCAACUCGUUUGCUUGCUCAGGAUGUGGGAAUGCAAUGGAACCCUUGCUUUGCCGCUGGGAGGGAGCGUGCUUCCCCCUCCCCCUUCAGUAGUAGCUGACCGAGCCCUCCGCUCCCGCCCUACCACAGCAAUGAUUCUGCUUUGGCAAAAUGGCAUGGAUGGCUGGUAGUGUGCCCUCUUUAGUGCAUAUUCCAAUAUAAAUGUAUGUUUCA